AUGCCUCGCAAAAGCAUCCUCGGUCUCGUUGUCUUGUCUCUUGUCUCCCUCUCCUCUGCUUAUUCUUUUGUCGGCUGCUAUAUUGAGCCCGGCGAGCUAGUUCUCGCGGGAUCCUAUCAAUUCCAAUCCCUCGGAUACUGCCAACAAGCCUGCGACAAGCGUAAUCAGACUGUUUUCGCCCUGCACGACGGGAACCAAUGCUACUGUGGCGACCACCUUCCCUCCGCCGAGGCUAAGGUACCAGAUACGCGAUGCAACACGCCAUGUGCAGGCUUUGCGUCUGAUAACUGCGGCGGCUCCGACACCUGGAGUGUCAAUUCCAACACCCACAACGCCAAACGCGAUGAUGCAGGCUCUGUCAUCGUGACCGCACCGGACACUUCUGACCCUACGGCAAACAUCAAAGUCAAUCCGACCAUGGUUGAAACUGGCAUUGCACUUGCCAGUAGCGUCGUUAGUGAUGCUGAAAGCAGUGUACCCAAGACGGCCAUUCCCAGCGGCAUCCUGACCGCUCCGACCCUGACUGCUGCCCAGCAGCAGCAAGUGGGUUCGGCUACCGCCACUGCCGCGUCAAUGGUGAUUAACGCGUCAAGUUCUCCAUCUUCAUCGACCGCUGUCGCAUCAUCAAGCGUAUCUGCAAGUCCCUCACCCAGCGUUGGGGCUGCUGCUAUUUUGGGCUCUAGUGCAGGACGGGGGUCGAUGUUCGGUGGCGUGCUGCUCUCGAUGCUCGCGACUUUGCUGUAUUAG